CAUCAGGAUGGUGUACAUGAGUAUCAGUGUUGUGUUCCCAUGACCAAAGGUCUACGAAAUGGAGGAUUUGAAUACAAGUAUAGAGUGAAACAGUACUCAAAAAAGGAAAGGAAAUACAAUAACCACUGGGAAACUGUACACUAUAUGAACAGGCAACACUUAGCAGGAAAUGAUCCAAAUCGUCAUUUCAACAUUCCAGAACAAAAGAGAAAAGAUGUGUCACCAUGGCAUCAAUAUGAUGGAUUUGUAUAUCCAAAGAUGUCAGAGAACAUUGUGAAAAGAUUAUGGUCCAAAGCUUUUGGAGGUGGCCUUCAAGGCAGAAUACGUCAUGAUGUCAUGUUUGCAGGAGAAUUAUUCCUACCAUCUGCAAAAUCAAUUUUGACAAGGUUGAUACAGAGGGAAUCUGGAGAGUCGAGUGUUAUUGAAGAAUACUUGGAUAAGAUUGGCAUGACAUAUACUGGAUUGUCAAUUCAAAUGGUAGACAAAAACAUGGCUUAUUUGGACAAAGAACUAUCUCUGCAGAUGUUCCAAAACGUCAUAGAUCCUCUGAUGGACCAUCUUGUGAAGAUUGAAAAGAAUUUUGCAGCUUCCCUUGUGCUUAGUGUUUUUAUUCUGUCUGCACACAGUGAAAACAAAAUUCCUUUCAAAGCUGCAGGUCUGAAUAGGGAUUUUCUCAAGAUUUUGAUGAUGAAGCCAGAUUCACAGCAGAAUACUGUUGAAGGCUUUGAAGCUUUAAGGACACACUUCCCAAAGAGGUCUUCAAAGACGUUUGCUGGAGCUGUUCUUAAAAUGAUGGAGGAAAAUAGCUCAGUGACAUACCACACCGUCUUUCAUCCAUACUUAAACACAUACAAGGAAUCACAUGCAGAUUCUUCAUGGUUGUACUUUGUUCCACUGUUGCAUUUUCUGAGAGAAGAUUCAAAGCCAAUGUUGAAAUAUUCAACAAAACACAUUGAUGAUAUGUGGUGGGGUAUAAAAAGCAUAGAGCAACACAAAGAAAAACUGAAGAAUUGUGCCCAAUGGACCAUAUCUGAAGAAGAGGUAUUCCGUGGUUUAUCUCCUUACUUUGAAGCAGACUUCCUCCUCCCACGGACACUCAUGGCUUGUGUAUCUCUUCUGAAUCUGAGAAAGGUUGUAGAUCUACAAGUAAUUCCACCUGAGAUAUGCACAGCAACUCUUUAUUUCUACUGUGAAAGCUCAGGAUCCUCUUUACCUCGUGAGACAAAGCAGUAUCUGAGAGAGUGCUUUUUGAGUGUGGCAAAACAAUUCAAAGAAGUCUCAGGAAGGAGAGGCAUGAAGAAUCACAGGGAAACAGAGCUGGAUUGCACAGAGCACAGAUAUAUGUGUGUGAAAAUAGCAGCAGAUCUUCUUGAUGUUUGUUUGGCUGAUACCUAUCAGUCAACCCGAUUACUGCUUGCUGCUGUUGAUGUAUUCACAUCAAGUAUCAGUGUGUGUCAAUGUCACAAUGAAAACAGUAACAAUCCUGAGGGUAGAGUGGAAGAAGUCCACAAUCUGGUGAAUUGUUUGCUUGAUGAAAAGAUGAAACAGAUCAUUACCUGGAUGGAAAACUACUCUUCCCGGAUAUCUACAUCAAAUAUUGAUUUGAACCACUGCAUUAAAGUGUGGAAUGAUUUGAUCACACUGCAAGUCAACUCACCAUCACUGUCUCAUGAGUGGAACGCCACACUCCUUGAUGCAUUUGAAAAGGUGUUAUCACAGGUAUGUCCAGAGACUUGUCUGAACCUUCACAGAAGCCAAAUAGACAAGCCAGUUCACAGACUUCUUCAAGAAAGGAUGACUUCAGCUGCAUUCAGAUCAUUUGAGCUUCUGAUGAAGAAAGACGACCAGUUUGCAAGGAAUAGCCAGAUGGAUAAGGCAUUCUGCGAAAUGGUUUCUAAACAUCUCCAAAUGUACUGGCCAGAAAAUGCAGAUGAGGAGAAAUUGAUUCUUCACAUCGUUACUUGGAGACCCUUGAUCAGUUACUUCAGUCGUUUCAUUGGUGAUCCUGACGCUUACGACUUGUUGGUGUAUGACUGCUCACAACAUCUGAUGGAAGCUGUCUCUUUGCUGGACAAAAUAGCAGCAUCUUUGUCAAAGGGAGACAAUUCAGUGUGGCUGCUGAAACUGAUUCUUUCCAACAAGAAGAAUUUUAUUGAACUUUGGGCAGCAUCAAGGCAAGGAGAUGAAUUACACAUCAGCAUGGAACACACUCUUAAUGUUCGUGAGAAAGAACUCCAAGCAUGCCAGAUCUAUCUGAAAAGAGCUCAUGUCCUACUCAUCAUGUGUACUGAUAUCAUUGAAGUGAAUACAGAUGAAUUAUCAAACAGAGUAAGAGAAAUAGAAGAAAGGAUUGACACUGAAGUGUUGUGUACUCUGUGUCAUCCACAACAAGAAUGUGAAGCUGGGGAAGACAGCCUAGAUUCCUAUGAACCAAUCAUUUGUAUCUCAGAAAUCCCAGAGAAAAUCAUGGAAAUGGUUCCUCGACUUGAGAGGUUGAAUGAAAGUCUGAUCUUUAGGGAAAUGUGGAGACAUGAAGGAGCAAGCAUUGCCCCUGGAACAAAGUUUGAGGAAGCUGUCUUGAAAGUAUGGCAGAAGUCCAGUCAGAGAUGGUGCAAUCUCUGCAAGAAGAUGCAGGAUGGAACAGAGACAUUCAACAACAUACAGGAACAUGUGAGAAUAUUUCAAGGUGAUGAAAUUAAAAUAACAAAAGAGUUCCAGGUUAUGAGUGAUGGAUCUUCAGACUGGAUUCCUAAGAGAAUUAAGCAACUCCAGAGCUUUGAGAUUCUGCAGGGUUGUCAGAGGGCUGCUGAAAUCAUCAUGAGUAUAAAGGAAAUAUACUCUAUUGAAGGAAACUUUGCCCCAGUUGAGGCUGUGAAACAAAUGGGAAGUGGCAAAGACCACCCAAUAAACACAAUGGAUGACUCUGUGUUAGAGACUUGUUCCAUACUCCAUGACAUGAAUGAUUCCCAAAAGCAAAGGUGUAUUGAAGCCUUCGAGAAUAGCAGUCAUCUGGUGAAUUGGCUCAGAGCAUCCAUGAAAGAUGGCGUGAAGGAACUGAAGGUGUUUGUGGACCUGGCUUUCAUCUCAGCUGGAGAGGAACCGAUGGAGAUUCAUAAAGUCAACUGUUUCCACUCUGCCACCACUGGAUAUGCUCCACUGAUCUUCAACACACCAAAGAAUGCUGAUUAUGAUACUUUCCUCAAGAACUGUGAACUGGUCUGGCAGGAACUCAGAUCUGAUGAGGAACUACCAAACAAAUUGACUGAAUGCAGUCGGUUUUUGAACUGGCUGAAGGAAGUUAAGAAGUCACAUGGAUCUGUUGAAGUAACCUCCUUGACACAGGCAGGACAGAUAAACAACAGGGGCAUGUACAAAAUUGGCAACUUAGAUGACAUACAGAACUGUUCACUUCUGGCCUUGAACAAUGUCAUCAGCCUACAUGUUACACAAGACAAAGAGCAAAAUCUAUCCCGAAGAUACACCUACAGCCAGUUGGUGGAUCUCCAGAGCAGGCUCAUGCUGGUGGCUGGCCAGGCAGAAAAGGGGAAAGAAGAUAUGGACCACUUCACCAUGGUUUUAGAUGGCAUAGUGCGUCUUGCAAAGACCUAUAUCAGACUGUGCAUAGACGGAUGUGUCUUGUUCAACUGUUGGAAGGGGAAGUUUUUGUGUGGAGAUGAGAGGAAUGUUUGCACCUUUUUGGAAUUUGGUGAAGGGGAAAAUCUUGAAACUUUAAAAGGACAUCGAGGGAAAGAGGAUGUUGAUGUCUUUAUCCAAGCUCUUGCAAAUGAGUUUGAGGACUUCCAUGAUGAAUGGAUGAACUAUGUCAGUGACAAAAGGGAUGAAUACUUGGAGCUGAACUUCUACACCAUUGAGCAGCUGGUGUUCCUUCAGAGAGAACUCAUCAAACUGGGCACAGAUGAGGAACCUUCUGUUCAUGUGUACUCUAUGUUGUCUCUGAUCAAGCCUGAUUGUACUGAGUCUGAUCUUGGCCUUGCUAUGAAGACUGCUAGAGAAGUUGUAUUUGCCAAGAAAGACAGAAAAGAGACAGAGACUGAAGACAUUGAACCAGAGACACAUCAAGAUGUUGACACUAAACAAGUUUUCAUUGAUGCUAUGAAAAACAGUAACUUCUCAGAAAAACUGGCCAGACAAGCCUUGGAAGAAGUGAACCCUGAAAAUAUUGAUUCUGGUUUAGCUUGGUGUAUGGAACAUGAAGAUGACUUCCCCAAUGAAGAAGAAGGCACAGAAUCUUCGGUUGAUCCAUUGUUCAUGGGCUGGCAGGUGGGAGGAGAGUCAGUGUCAUCCAUUGCAACCUCCUGGGUCAAAAGAAUCUCGCAUCAAACCAAGAAUAUGACAACUGUGCAGGAUUUGACCUUGAACUUGAGGUCAGUUUGGAAGACGUUCCUGGAAGCUGUAUCAUCCAGUGUAGCAGAUUAUCUCAGUCUGGAACAUCUUGGCAUCAUCCUCAGGCAGCUCGCUCAAGCAGACGAGCGAACAUUUAACAGGACUAUACCACCACCGCUAAAACCAGGAAUUUCAAACUUGAUCGUCUGCCCUGAAGCUGACAUGCUGAACACUGUUGUAUAUAUGUACAAACACUCAGAGGACCAGCCACUUCCACAACCCGAUGAGGUCCUUCUGUGCACUCAACAAACUACCUUUGACCAGGUUGACAUCUUCCUUCGACGAGCUUUCUUUAGCAACCCUGGCAAGUUGUAUACAAUGGCCAAUGCUGAUCUGCUGCAGUAUGAGAUUGAGGAGAGGGCAGAGAAAAAGCUCAAGGAGUAUUCAAGCAGGGACAGAGAUUUUGAUUGUCAACUUGUGAUACUUUGUUCCACGGAAAAUGAAUUCAAGGCAAGAAUUGUGGCAGCUCUAGAGAGACAAAGAUGUCCACCUCCUGCACUGCAAAACUUGCAUGAUGUGAAAACAUAUCUACUCUUAAAGUUUUCACAAAAAGUGGAAUGUGAUCAAGAUCACAAUCCAGCCUCAAAUUUGGAUUUCAGCAGUUCCACAGUGCGAGUGAUCAAGUCCAAGAGAGCUGGUGUUGGGAAGACCUUGUACAAGAAGCGUCAGGUGGAGGCACUGCAACGUCUGAACCCCAGAGUCCCUGCUACAUCAGUGUCCAUACAUCUGUAUGAGAAAAGUGUGUCCACAACAGCUGUGGCAGAGAAACUGCUGGAUCAUACACUGCAGCCUGGACAAGUCCAGCCUAGAAUAUUCCACUUGGACAUUUCAUAUGAGGUUCAGGAAGGCGUUGACUAUCUCCUCUUCAACCUGCUGGUUCUGGGCUGCAUCAGCAACAACAUGGGGCAUGUCUGGCUGAAGUCUCCCCUGGACCUGUAUCUCGUGGAGACCAUUCCCAUCACAGAUGUCAGGCAUGACAGGAGAGUCAAUUUGCGUCUAAUCCACACCUUGCUGGAGGUCCUUCCUGAUGUCUACUGCUGGUCUCCUCAAGACAGUCUGCAGAUACUCAAAACUGGCAUUAAACCAGAAGAGUAUGGUGAGAAAGACAGUCUCUUUGAUAUCAUUGAGUUUGAAGGUGAAAUUUACCAGCGACCAUUUCAAUACCUCAAGCGAUGGAACAGCAACAAAGGGCUUACUAACAUCAACUCACAAGUACCUGAAGGAACACAUGAAGAAUGUCUAACAGUUCUCCUGCAACAUUGUGGUGUGAUGGAUCCAUCUUGGUCUGAACUUCACAACUUUGUAUGGUUCCUCAACACCCAGUUGGUCGACUUUGAGAAAUCUAAUUUUUGUUCCAAUGCUGUCCUUGAGGAUUUGCCAGGUUUCCCAGUGUUUGUUCUAAAGUUCCUUAUCCAGAUGUCAAGGGACUUUGCAACGAGAUCUUUGGUGAUGAGUGAGCAGACGCCUCUGGAUCAACUGAAUGUCCAAGAAACCAUAGACCUAGCUCAGUUUCAGAUGAAGAGAAAAUGGGAGAGCAGCCCUCAUCCCUACAUUUUCUUCAACCCUGAUGGCCACACAAUGACCUUUCUUGGCUUCAACAUCAACCGCCAGACAGGGAACAUGGUGGAUCAGCAGACAGGGAGGGUGCUGGAGAGAAAUCUAGUGCCCAAACCACUACAGAAAGCACUGAUCAGAAACAAGGUCAACAUGAAUGAAAACUUUGAACAGAUGAAAAGACACGAUCGAUUGGCUAAGCUGUGCAGUGUGAUGCCAGGUGUCGACUUUGUACAUGACCCGGAUGACACAUAUGAACUGACAACAGACAAUGUCAAGAAGAUUCUGGCCAUUUACAUGAGAUUUAGAUGUGGAAUCCCAGUGAUAAUCAUGGGAGAGACAGGAUGUGGGAAGACAAGACUGGUCAAAUUCAUGUGUGAUCUGCAGUGCUUGCCAGGCUCUGACAUGGAAAAUAUGGUCAUUGUGAAGGUUCAUGGAGGCACAACCUCUGAGGACAUCAUCAGGAAGGUCAAGCAUGCAGAACAACUCGCCAUUGCUAAUAAGGCUAAUAACCCUCACCUGUACACUGUCCUGUUCUUUGAUGAAGCAAACACAACUGAGGCCAUUGGACUCAUCAAGGAAAUAAUGUGUGAUGGCUCUAUGGAUGGACAGCCACUGAAACUGUCAGAAAACCUAAAGAUUGUAGCUGCCUGCAAUCCUUACAGAAAACAUUCGGAUGAGUAUAUUCAGAGACUUGAAAAAGCAGGACUUGGCUAUCAUGUUGAGGCUGACAAGACAACAGAUAAGCUGGGCCAUGUCCCUAUGAGGAGACUUGUCUACCGGGUGCAGCCCUUGCCACAGAGCAUGCUUCCUCUUGUUUGGGACUUUGGCCAACUCAACGUUCAAGUGGAAGAACUCUACAUCAGACAGAUGGUCAACAGAUAUGUUCGAAAUGGCCAGAUACCUGUACUUGGUAGUAUUGUGUCAGUUGUCAGUAAGGUCCUCAUAGCCUCUCAGUGUUUCAUGAGGAGACAACAGGAUGAGUGCAGUUUUGUGAGUCUCCGUGAUGUUGAUCGUACCCUGAGUGUCAUGGCCUGGUUCUACCAGCAGUCCCAGGAGAAUGGAAUGUUGUUCAAAGCUAUAGACAACCUGUUGUCUCCUGAUCAACAUUUAGAAGAUGGGGAAGAAAGUCAACGUUUCUAUCUUCCGGAUGAUGUGACAAAAUCCCUGAUCCUGGCACUAAGUGUGUGUUACCGAGCGUCACUUACAAGUCGAGAGGAAUAUGAUCGUCAUAUAUGCAGGCAUUUCCAGAAUCCAUGUGCCAUUCCUGGUGGGUUGGAUCAAAUGGUCCAUGUCAUAAACAGUUGCCAGGAUGUCUUUGUUGACAAAGUCCAGCUUGAAGACAACAUAGCAAAGAACCAGGCCCUCAAAGAGAACCUGUUCAUGAUGGUUGUCUGUAUUGAAUUGAGGAUCCCCCUGUUCCUGGUGGGAAAACCAGGCAGUUCCAAGUCCCUGGCCAAAACCAUUGUUGCAGAUGCCAUGCAGGGCAACUCAGCCAGAUCAGAGCUAUUCAAACAACUGAAACAGGCACAGAUGGUGUCAUUCCAGUGCAGUCCUUUGGCCACUGCUGAAGGUAUUGUCGGUAUCUUCCGUCAGUGUGCUCGCUACCAGCAGGACAAGGACCUGGACAGGUUUGCCUCCAUCGUUGUUCUGGAUGAAGUUGGUCUGGCAGAAGACUCACCAAGGAUGCCACUCAAGACACUUCACCCACUUCUGGAAGAUGGUUGUCAGGGAGAUGAAAAGCCAGAGCCUUUCAAGAAGGUUGCCUUCAUUGGUAUCUCCAACUGGGCCCUUGACCCUGCCAAGAUGAACCGAGGUAUUCUGGUGCAGAGAGAAGUUCCUGAUGAUGGGGAACUGGUGAAGAGUGCACAAGGCAUUUGUUCAAGUAGUGAGAGAGUCCUCCGAAGAAUCAAGCCUUUGCUGCCAGAGCUAGCUAAUGCUUACACAACUAUAUUCAGCAGAGCACAGGAUACAAAAAGAGAAUUCUUUGGUCUAAGAGACUUCUACAGCCUUGUAAAGAUGGUUUAUGCCUUUGCUGAUAAACAUGAUCGAGACAUUUGCUGGCAUCAGUUAGAGCAUGCUAUCAAGAGGAACUUUGGUGGCCUUGACAACCUGGACCCAGUUGUUGUGUUCAAGGACAGCAUCACUACAGUUCAAAAGCAUGAAGAGAAACAUGUUGAUGAUCCUGACUCAACCACUAUUCAACUUAUAGAGGCUGGUCUGUCUACUGACAUUGCAAGCAGUGAGAGCCGUUACCUGCUGCUGUUGACAGAGAACUAUGGAGCUCUUAGCAUCUUGCAGCAAGAGAUUUUAGCAAGACACAAAGUCAUUGUAAUCUUUGGCUCAAGUUUUCCCAAGGACCAGGAAUAUACUCAGGUGUGUCGGAACAUCAACAGGAUCAAGGUGUGCAUGGAGACUGGCAGCACAGUCAUUCUGUUGAACCUGGAAAAUCUGUAUGAGAGUCUCUAUGAUGCACUGAACCAGUACUAUGCCCGACUUGGAGGUGAACGUUUUGUUGAUCUUGGGCUUGGCACACACAGAGUGAAGUGCAGAGUUCAUCAGAAAUUCAAACUGAUUGUUGUAGCAGAGAAGCAGAAGGUGUAUGAUGAGUUUCCGAUCCCACUGAUCAACCGUCUGGAGAAACACUUCCUUGAUCUUAACAACAUGAUGUCACCCGAGCAGAAGAAACUGGCAGAGGAACUGAACCAGUGGGCUGUGGACUUUGUAACUGCCAGAACAUUUACUUCUGGAAAGAGAAAAAGAGAGAACCUUCCAGAAGAUGCCUUCAUGGGCUACCAUCCAGACACAGCUGCAGCCAUUGUGAUACAAGUUUGGGGCAGGGAUCAUAUUGUGGCCUUGGAUGAGGAUAUUUUCAAUGAAUGUCAAGAGAUACUGUUGUGGUGUGCCACUCCUGCCUCAGUGGAAAGACUGACGGAUCAGAAACUCCAUCUUGAAGCUGAAAGUAUCCACAGAACUUACUAUCAGUGUCAGCAACAUGAUGACAUCUACCAGUAUCUUAAAAAGAAAAUCUUGGACAUGGGAUGUUUCACUUUGCAAGCUCAGGUGACAACUCACUCCAAGCUGCUGACAGACCAGGAAAAGGAGGACCUGGGCAGACAUCUAAAUGUGACUCCCAACAAUAUCAUCCUGCUCACACUGCAGUCAUUUGACACAGAGCAGCAAUUUGCACAGCAGAUCAAAAACUUUGUUCAGCGAAGUGAAGAGGGUCAGAAACUGCUGCUAGUUCAGUGUGGAUCUGGAGACAGGAACCAGUCUCUCAUCAGGAGUGCCCAGUACUGUGUUCUGGAUGAGCUGCAUGAUGCAAGACAGUUUGCUGUAGUCUUCAUCAUACAACUGCCUAAUAUUGCUGGAGGGUGCUUUUCUGGUUUUCAGGCUGGAAAGUGGCACUCAUUACAUCUUGAUGAACUACGACAAUCCACACAAGACAUGCCUUCAAUGAAUGAAUUACAUAAAUACUCCCCAGCAUCUAUUUUUGAGGGACUGAGUAGCAAUAUGCCACCCACAAGUGUUCAGCCAUUGGAGCAGAGAAUUACAACCAUUGAGCAUGACCUGCUGUGGGAAGAACCUUUACCAGAUGGAGAAAAUUUGAAUAUGCAAAUAGUCGCAGAGGAACAUCAAGAAGCAGAGUCAAGGUCAUUGGAGCAGAAACAUAGUUUAUACCUAAGACAAGAGGCUCCAGGGGCUCGUGGAGACUUGUUAGGAUUGAAUUCAUCACAGAAUGCCAGUGAUCAGAGACUGGAACUGUCACAUGAACAUCUGGGGGAAGACAAUGAAAAACACAGAGGUGAUAUGGUUGAAAUUGAGGACGUUGAGCUAGAAAUAGAUGAAAGGAAACAUUCUAUUGCUCCCUUCUUCCAAAAACUGCUCUUGCCCUGCAUCCAGCCUGCUGCUGCUCUCAUCAGGGAUGAAGAACUGGACACCAAACGCUCGACCAAAAGGAUAGAAAUACUUCUGAAACUAUUGGACAACACAGAUGAUGAAGAUGCCAGACUGUUCAUGACAGGGUUGUCACAACUUAUCAUCUGCCUUCUGAAGGAAAAAGAAAAAUUAUACAGCAGGUUUUUGCCCUCAAACUGGCUUGCUAAAGAAGCAGCUCAGCAAGAACAUGUCAGACAAGCAGGAACUUUCAGACGUGCCACUUCACAGUGCCUGGAGAAUAAGAUCAUACCAAUAUUAGCUGGAGUUGUGGCAUUCCUAGACACCAACAGAAAUCUUGACUUGUGUUUACCAGAAGAAGCACCAUGGAAGAGAAGACUUUGGUUUGCCCUGCUUGACAAUACAAAAGUAUGUUACUACCAGUGUAAAAACAUUAUUGCCCCAGAGAAUCAACACCGCCAGGGUGAAGUUGUGCCACAUCAUUUGGGAGUCAACAAACAGGUUUUUGCUGUGCAUAUGCCAUUUUUCUGGCUUCUCUUUGAAGACAUAAGAAAUGCCAUUGCAGAGGCAGAGAAUACAGAGCGGUCAGUGGAUGAAGAUUCCACUGAGUUAUUGACCUGUGUAAGUGACCUCAUUAGCAAAACUGCAUUUGGGGAAGUGCUUUCAUCAGUUGUUGAUGAAGAGGAGAAAACCUUUGUGUUCAAAGCAUAUCUCAGAGAUUUUCUACAUACGAUGUAUCCUGGGAGUAUGGAUGUGUGUGAGAUAUUAAGUAGUGCCCUCGAGAAUGCAGCAAGGCAGACAGACAGAGACCUGUGCAACCUGGGUGUGAUACAGGCUAUUACCUACAUCCAUGUUAUCCACUCUGCUGCCAAAGAGAGGCUACAGCUCUUCCUGGAAGUGGUCCAGAUCUGGCCAGAAGUUGUGAUGGCUGUGACUCAGUUGAAGGAGAGGGUAGGGGGAAACCCACUGCUCACAGAAAACGAAAUGGUUGGAGUUUGUUGUUGUUGUUGUUUUUGUAUAUAGCUUCAAUGUACCAGCUCUGUCAUGGGGCCUGUAAAUGAAUAUAAUUCCUUUGAAAAGCCUACCUCUAUUGCAUCAUAAGCACAAUUCCUGCAAAUAGGUUAAAAUCACGCUGAAAGAAUCCUUACAUUUUCAACAGAACAUCCCUUUCUCUAUCUACCAUCCCAACCAGUUGUCAUACAAAAGGUGUUAAUAACUUUUUUCUUGUGUGUGCAUGGUAACAUGUGAAAUUUCUGGAUCUGGUCUUUCACACAUUUCUGUUUAAUACUCUCAGUUAAUCGCUUAAGUUGGUGAUAGCUAUGUUGAUUCUUGUUCAAGUACACAUAGGUAAGAUUUGGUAAAGGAGCAUGGACUCCAUCCAAAUGCCAGCUUCCCUGGGUUGCAGCAAUGCUGUGACAGCUCUGCAUGUGACUUUCUGAUCCUGAUUGCCAACAAUAUCUCUGUUUCACUGAAAACUAGAGGAAAUAGGAGUUUAACAUUCUGCAUAUUGAUAAGUCCAUGGUGAUUUACUUGGACGUCAUGUCAAGCUCAUCAUCAUUACAUGGUUAUACAGAAAAGUUUCUGGGACAAGGAUCAGUUCCAACAAAAUGCAAUGUUCUUCAGACAGCUGCUGUCAUACCUAGAUUUUCUUGCCCAUCUAAAUAAGUUGGGGAUGUUUUUAAAUGUAUGCAGGACAUUGUUUAAACU